AUGGGGCACCAUCAGGCCGUGACCUUCCAGCAUUUAGAGACUUCAGACGGCGAGAGAGAGCUAUUUCGCCCUUGGACUAGCUACUGGCCGCCCCUGCCCGGGAGUCAUCUGUAUAAGUGGCUUGAGGAAGAGAUUCCCGACGCCCUCACUUGGCGUUUCCAGCCGGACAGCCCCUUUGACCAGCCGUGGAAGAUUUGGAUCAAAAAACUCCGAGAAGCGGGCAAAUUCUACGCACUAGACCCUCCACAACGGCCUGAUCCCGUGGCAAGUAGUCAUGGCAAAGUCGCUGAUGAAGGUGCAAAACAAAAGGAACUAUCGCGUCAAGAGAAUACGCGACGGAUUGACGAGGAGAUCAAAUCGUUGGAGCUUCCGGCGCAGCAAAUCAACAACUUCGAGUACCUGGCUUGGGAUCCCAGGUUCCUGGUUGAAAAGCCAUUCCGUUCCCGCCUCCCAUUUCUAGAUGGGCUGAGACAAGAUUAUGUGCUAAGUCAGCCCUACAGGGUCCCCAUCCAUGAUAUCUCGGGGGCGGAGAACCACUUAACUCUCGACACAUCCGGCUUCAGUUUUCUACGGGUUCCAGCGAAAAUGGACGAAUGGAGCGAUGAUUCCAUCCGCAAUCAAUACUUGCCACAAAUGCAGCAGUGGUUAAAAGAGUAUUUUGGCAGUGAGCUCGUUUAUAUCUUUACAUACAGCGUAGGUUCUCGGGUUUCCGAUGGUACCGAGUAG